AUGGCGACACCUGCCUCUACCUCUGCCUCUGCCUCGGGUGAACAACCCCGCGAAGAGGUCCCCGCUUCCGCCACGACAGUUACCAGCGACCAUGUCCAAACUGUCAAUGCAGCUCCUGCGACCGUAACCUCCACAGAAAAGACGCAAGAAAAGCCACCGGCUCCGAAGCAUUGCUUCAAGAAACUAAAUCAAGAUGUUCUCUCCUUCAUGAAAGAUGUCCUGGACGACUUUUCCAAACCUAAACCAGCGCCCGCGCCCACGCCCGCGUCCGCAGCUGCCGCAGCUACUUCAGCUUCCGCCGGUACCAAAUCCGAUCCCACCACGGGGAUUGCCCCGGCGGAUUUCGACGAAGAGGCUUUUCUCAAGCAAUUAGAGAAUGACAUGGCCAACAUGAUGGCCAACCCCGGAGCUGCUGGUCCAGGGGCUGCCGAUGGCCCGGGCUUUCAAGCGGCGAUGGAUCAAGGUGCCGACGCAUUCGCCAAACGACUCGAAGAGAGCGGCAUUCCGCCUGGCGAUUUUUUGAAGCAACUCCUGGCUGAUGUCAUGGCCGAGGAAGGGGUGGGUGCGGCCGCGGAAGGAAAAGAGGGCGCGAAAUCGGGUCCUGCUGCGUCUGCUGCAGCCUCGUCGACGGGUGCAGCGGAUGCAGACCAGCCUCAGCCCGAGAACUUCAACGAUGCGAUUCAACGGACAAUUGAGCGGAUGAAGGAGUCUGGGGAUCGGGCGACCGAGGCUGCGACAACGGGAGAUGGGUUAGAGGAUGAUCUGAUCGCGCAACUGCUCAAGGCCGUUGAAGCGGGGGCAAACGGAGCGGGCGACGACGGUGAUCUUACCAAAAUGUUCAUGGGCAUGAUGGAGCAAUUGUCUAACAAGGAAAUGCUGUACGAGCCGAUGAAAGAGUUGGAUGGGAAAUUCGGCCCGUGGAUCACCAAGAACAAGGCAGAUGGAUCGGUACCGGCCGAGGACAUGGAGCGAUACAGGUCCCAGGCGCGAGUUGUCCGACAGAUUGUUCUCAAGUUUGAAGAACCGGGCUACUCAGAUGAAGACGCCAAAUGUCGCGAAUAUAUCUGGGAACGGAUGCAAGAGAUGCAAGCCGCGGGCAGUCCACCAGAGGAACUGAUUUCGAACCCAUUGAUGGGUGACCUCGGCGGUGCUGCUGGCAGUGCACCAGGCGGAGUUCCUGAUUGUCCCCAGCAAUAA